UGGUAUGUAACCCACCCGGUCCCGCCUCUGAGGUGGCACACGGCUCCCUCUCCACGGUUUGUGCAUCAGAUACAGACAGAGCAGCAGCAGCAGAAGAAGAAGAAGAAGAUCCAGGCAGAAACUGUGUGGCAGGAAACAGGCGUGAGAGCAUCCACGCAGCAUCCCCGCAGUAUCCGCGCUGGGCGUGUGGAUUUGAUGCCCACCCGGAGAGAGAUGGUGUAAACAAACCCGCUUUGCCCCGUCACUGAGCUCCACCACGGAGAUUGCCUGCCAUAAUGUUGAGCCGUCUGUUCAGCGAGGUGCUGCCGGACGUCCAGCGGUUGGCGGCGGACUGGGUGGACGACACCGAGAGCGACGGAUGCAAGGUGAAGGAGGAACGCGAGAACUGCCACCUUGGAGAUGACGAUUUGGACGAGCCGCAGGAGGGCAGCAGCCGGGCAGAGUCCGAGAUGGCCGGCGACGACGACGAUGACGACGACGACGACGGCGAUGAAGAAGAGUGCGGGGACGAGAACAGCGGGGACAAACCCAAGAAGCGCGGCCCGAAGAAGCGCAAGAUGACGCCGGCGCGCGUGGAGCGCUCCAAGAUGCGCCGCAUGAAGGCCAAUGCGCGGGAGCGCACGCGCAUGCACGAUCUGAACUCAGCGCUGGACAACUUGCGCAAGGUGGUGCCGUGCUAUUCCAAAACCCAGAAACUCUCCAAAAUAGAGACUCUGAGGCUGGCCAAGAACUACAUUCUAGCCCUCGGGGAGAUUUUACGCAACGGGAAGCGUCCAGAUGUGGUGACCUACGUGCAGAUGUUGUGUAAGGGCCUGUCCCAGCCAACCACCAAUCUGGUGGCGGGCUGCCUGCAGCUCAACACCAGGAACUUCCUGACCGAGCAGUGCACGGACGGAGCCCGCUUCCACAUGCCCAGUUCUCCGUUCUCAGUCCAUCCCUACUCCUACCGUUGCUCCCGCCUCUCCAGCCCUCACUACCAGCCCGGAGCCGGAGCCCUCAACAUGCGGGCCCAUUCCUACAGCGGCCCCGGGUAUGAGGCAGUGUACAUGCCGGGCGGCACGUCCCCAGACUACAACAGCCCGGACUAUGAGGGCCAACACAGCCCGCCGGUCUGCGUGAACGGCGGCCUGCCCGGGAAGCAGCAGGAGUCCUCAGACACAGACAGGAGCUAUCAUUACUCUAUGCAUUACUCCGGACUGACCACAUCCAGGCCCAGCCACAGCCUACAUUUUGGACCAACGGGAGCGCGCAGCGGCGGCGCGCAAUCAGAAAACAUCCCACCUUUCCACGACGUCCACCUGCACCAUGACAGGGCGCCACCAUAUGAGGACCUGAACGCGUUUUUCCACAACUGAGCUCAGAAAGGAGGGAAGGGGUGGGUGUGUGGGGGGGACGACAACCUCCUCCCCGACUUUACAGAGACAAUCCUAAAGAAAGCGUUUAUUAUUUAAACAGCAGGAGCUCCUAUGCCUAUCUUCUGUAUGUCACCUCUGUACCGUUGUACAUCCUAUCCAAAAUGUGUCUGGUUAAUUAUUCCUGUAUGCAGAAUGAGUGCAAUUAAAAAAUGUGAAAGUCAAGAAGAAACAUGUUGUGACCAGAACAACAGAAAUAAUAAAAAAAGUGUUUCAUAAA